UACAUACCUCCAGAAACUACAUUGAAAACAUGGCUGUCCAAAGCUGGGUUGACAUGCUAAAAUCAUCAAAGAAAACAGCGUUGAUUCAUGAUGGAAAAAGGAAAAUUCACUACCUUUUUGCAGAUGGAAAAGAAAUGUCAGAGGAGUAUGACUUGAAAACAGAUGAGCUCAUCAUAAGAAAAUGGCGACAUAAAAGCACACUUGGAGCUCAAGGCCAGUGGCAGGUAGAGGUCGGGGAGCCACUUGCAGGUCACAUCCCAUCUUUGGAUUCAGAGGGGAUCAAGGAGAGUUGUUCCAAUCCUACCUUCAUGCGCAAAGACACAAAGGCCAGUUUUCAGUGGAGAAUCCGCAACCUUCCCUACCCCAAAGACAUCUUCAGUGUUUCAGUGGAACCAUCUGAGAGAUGCAUCAUCAUAAAAACAUCAAACAAAAAGUAUUAUAAGAAGUUCAGUAUUCCUGACAUAGAUCGCAAUCAGCUGCCACUGGACAGUGACGCCCUCAGCUUCACACAUGCCAACAACACUUUAAUCAUCAGUUACAAAAAACCCAAGGAGAUCUUAACCCUUGAGCAGGAGCUACUGAAGGAGCUGAAGAAAAUGAAAGGGACCAACGAAGGGGAUGUUGACUGCAAAACUCAGUGACUUCACAUUGUCGGAGUAGGAAAAGAAAUCCUUGCAUUGCAUUCCAAGCUGAGCCUCACAUUGAUUUUUUUUUUUUUUUUUUUUAACUUGUUUCAUUAAGAAGUCCUUUUCUCAGUGCCUUGUCCUGGUUUAAUCCCUCAGACUGUGCUUUCUCUCCUGCUGUUUAUAUUUGAUUCAGACACAUUAAGUCAAAUAUAUUACAUUAUUUGUUCAGUCUAAAAAUUACAUUUAAUAACUAUGCAGCUGAACCAAAGUGAGUGUUUAUUAAACUUCUCUCUUUAACUGCAAAAUAGCAAAACUGAAAUAGUUCAAGUUCAAGUUGUUUUUUUUUUUUAACAUAUAUUUAAAGUACAAGUACAAUAAAAAUGCAAUGAAAUG